AUCGUCAGUGCUUUGCCCAGCCUGCUGGAGGCAAAGGGAGCGCCAUGCGGGGACGGCCUCUCGGGUUUCCUUAAAGUCUGUGCAACGUGAUCCGCGGAGAGUCAUUGGAUGCGAAGCCGCAGACAAAAGCAGCAGCAGCAGCAGCCGCGCGCAGCGGAGCGGAAAUAGGAAGCUUUGGUCACCAACGUCACCCGCGUAUCUUACGCGCAAAGACAACUUCUCCAGACGUUCGGACCUCUUCUGAAGUAGUUUCUGCUGCUUCUCGCCUGAGUGAAGAUCUCGGUGGAUCUUAAGCCUCGGACAGUUUACCUAAUUUGGCCGCUGUUAAUGCCGCGGAGUCCGUGACGCAGGCGAGCGCUCCGAAAUUGGAGAUUUCAACCCGCUGCCAAAGUUUAUAAUUAUAUUCAGUUUAUUUUGAGGUCAUUGCGCUGUUUUGAUUACCAGCACGGUCUAUUUUCCUCCCAGUGCACUUCGCAUCGGUGUGUCGCUGCAGACGCUGGUGCGGCUCUUGACGUUUGUUCCGCCUGUUUUUUUUUUUCCUACUGCAACGUGUUCGUGCGAGAAAAAGAAAAGAAAAAAAAAGCCUCUCGGCAGCCGAUGACUCUUCUCUACAGGAGCCAUUUUUAACACUUCCAUUUACAGCCACCGAACGGGAUCUCCUCUACCUGCAGCUUUUGAACCCUGUGCACGUACAUUUCUUUAAAGCACAUUUCAUUCAUUGUUCUCAACCCCCCUCCCCCCCCUCUCGACGAUGACUUCUCCUGCGCGCGGUGGAUGCGGCGCGGCGCGCUUCCUCCUCGCCGCCUUGGCGGCGGCGCUGCUGGCGUCGGGAUGGGCCGCGGGCGAAUCCGAGUGGGCCGACAAGCCGGCCGGGGGGGGCCCCCCCACGGUCACUCUCGGCACUCUGCUCAGCGGGACGUGCCAGCAGGUCCAGCGGUACGCAGAGUCUCUGGUGGGAAGCGGCGUGUUGCGGGCGGCCGCUGAGCGUGCAGUGUUGUUUCUUGAUUCUUUGCUUGGUCAGGAGAACGUCUCUAAAGUGGCCAUGUUCUUUGAGAUGGUGAUCCGAGUCCUCGCAGAAGGAGCCGCGAGCGGCCUGAAUGUCAUCGCUGUCUACGUCACCGAGAUCCUCCGGGUCACAGGAUUUGAUGUCGCGCUGUCGUCGCCCUUCUUCACCCCAGAGGGCGUAGCCGCCAUUGCCCAGUGGGGUCUGGUGGCCCUGAUUGGCUACUGGGUGCUGACCGUUGUUCUCCGUCUGCUGAUCGCCGUGGUCGGGCGGGUCUUCUGGGUGGUGAAGACCGUUUUGGCGCUGUGGCUCUUUGGACUGAUCGCGACCGAGAAGCAGGUCGCGGCGGAGGUCACGGCGGUGCGGCUGGGCGGCCUGGUGCUGGCGUGCGUGGUGUUGACUCUGCUCACGUCGCGCUCUGAGAAGGCCUGCGCAGUGAAGCACCGGCUGAGCGCGCUGGAGGACCGCGUGAGGGCGGUCGAGAAGAGGAAAGUCGAGUAGCGGCCGGAGAGGGAGGAGGGACGGAGGUACCGGUGGACUAAGGUGAUGGUGAUGUCCGUAAUGAAAACAGGAACAUUGAUGGUUUCUAUACGUGUGUCAAACUAUAUUGAAAAUAAAGUCUGGGAUUUUUAAUCGGAAAGGUUUUUUGUUUUACCUUGAGAAAAUAAAAAAUGAGAAAUGUAACAUU